AUGGCGGCCGCUUCGGACUACCCGAACGCCGCCUCUGGCAUGUCCCCGGACGACCAGCGAGGCAGCCUGCAGUUCCAGACCUCCCCGACAACGGCGUCCAUGCCACCGAGCACAUUUGGCGAGCUCGAUGGCACGUCUGUAGCAGAUACGCUCGCAGUGGGCGGGGCACCUGCGACGGGACCUGGAGCUGUUGGCGGCGAUGCGUCGCCUGUUGCCCUCCCGACACAGGCGACGAAUGGCCACGAGGUGCCGCCACAAGUGCAGGAGGUGCUUCAGUCUGAGAUUGGUAUCGUGACGAUGCUCAAUCGCUUGAAACAGAGCAUUGGCACAGCAAAGGAAUUCGCUCUUUUCCUCAAGAAACGCGCCCAGCUCGAAGAAGAUUACUCUGCCGGCAUGCGUAAGCUUGCCCGCUCGACGCAGGACAGCAUAUCUCGUACGGACCCGGGACAGGGCAGCAGCACCUUUGGUGGUGCCUUUGGCGAGAUGAUGGACAUCCAUAGUCGCAUGGCCGACAACGGCUACCAGUUCUCCACGUCCCUGCACCAGAUGCACGAGGACCUGCUGGAGCUGGCCAUGAUUGCCGAGAAGAACCGCAAAGGCUGGAAGCAGACUGGCCUGGCGGCUGAGCAGCGCGUCGCUGACCUCGAGACCGCCACCCGCAAAUCCAAGGCCAAAUACGACUCCCUCGCCGAAGAGUACGACCGCGCACGCACCGGCGAUGCGAGCAGCCGCCGCGGUGGUUUCGGCUUCAAGGGCCCCAAGUCUGCCGCCCAGCUGGAAGAGGACCUGUUGCGCAAAGUGCAGGCUUCUGACGAGGACUACCACAGCCGUGUCGAUACGCUGUCGCGUGAGCGUGCCGAGCUUCUGGCAACCGGCCGCCCGGAGAUUAUCAAGGCGCUGCAGGACCUCGUGCGUGAGUGUGAUGGCGGCAUGGUUCUGCAGGUUCAAAAAUACGCGUCCUUCAGCGAGAAGCUUCUUCUUAGCAAUGGCUUGAGCAUCAGCCCGAUCAAGUCCGCCCAAAAACCCGACGCCCGCAGCCUGCGUGAAGUGGUCACCUCGAUCGACACCGAGCGCGACCUCAACAACUACCUCAGCGGCUUCCAAUCCAAGGUACCCGCAAAGACGGGCGAGCCCAAGUACGAGCGGCACGCGGUGCUGGGCGGCUCCGCAUCGACCGCAUCGCAGGUCCCCGCAUUGUCAGCAAGGACACACACGUUCUCGCAGUCUGUCUCGCAACCUGCCGCCGCUGGAAGCCAACAACCGGCCUAUUCCGACUCGCUGCACUCGCCGCAAGCCCCAGCAACAGCCAACAGCCAGAUGUACGGCUCCGUCGGCCAGUCGGGCUUCCGCGCCAGCGCAGGACCGGUAGCGGGUUCCAGCCACGAGCGCAGCUUUAGUUACAGCAGUGGCUAUGGCCCCAAUAACGGUGCUCCCCAGCUCGGCGGCCAGUCAGCACUCGAGACGCCGCAGCAACCUCUGCAGGUCCGCAACUCUGUCGCCAACACUGGCGGCGUUGUCCCUCCUCCUGGCAGCGAAAAUGUGGCCCCGUACUCGCCGGCUUCGGCUGGUGCUGGUAUUCCGCCCUCUCGGUUCUAUACACCUCCGACCGCUUCCAACCCCCCCUACGGCGGCGGGGCACCAGCGUCCCAAGGCCCACCACAGCUGGGUGCGCUGCCUUUCCAGACUGGUCCCAGCUUGACAUCGCCGGACACCACGGGCAGCCUCCCUUCACAGCAGCAGCACCAGCACAUGCCGCAGGGUGCGAAUGGUCCACCGAACCCGCUGAUGCAGCAUCCGCCAGCAAGCAACACUGUGGCUGCGGUUCCCGGCGGUGCUCCAGGUGCUGGCUCCAUGGUCAGCCAGGGCCAACCGUCGCGGCCCAUGUUUGGCGUUUCGCUGGAUACCCUGUACGAGCGCGACAGUGUGGCCGUUCCCUUGGUGGUGUACCAGUGCAUCCAGGCCGUGGAUCUGUUCGGCCUGACCGUCGAGGGCAUCUACCGCCUGUCGGGCUCGCUGCCCCAUGUGAACAAGCUCAAGUCCAUGUUCGACACCGACUCGUCCUCACCUAAACUCGACUUCCGCAACCCCGAGAACUUCUUCCACGACGUCAACAGCGUGGCUGGCCUGCUCAAGCAGUUCUUCCGCGAUCUGCCCGACCCGCUGCUCACCCGCCAACAGUACGACCGCCUGAUCGAGGCCGCCCAGCACGAAGACGACACGGUGCGCCGUGACUCGCUGCACGCCGUCAUCAACGACCUUCCCGACCCCAACUACGCCACGCUGCGCGCGCUCAUCCUGCACCUGAACCGGGUUGUCGAGAACGCUCCCGUGACCCGCAUGACGUCGCAGAACCUGGCCAUUGUAUUUGGCCCAACGCUGAUGGGUGCCGGCAUGGGCGAUCCGGAGAAGGCGCGGUGGCACGUGCGGGUCAUCGACACCAUCCUGCAGAACACGUACCAGAUCUUUGACGAGGACUAG